AUUUCCCUAGUAUGGUAGAAAAACAAAAGCACCGUCCACAUCGUGGCAAAUGAUGCAACUUGCCACUCGACGUAGACUUCGUACAUGACUAUUUUCACUCUCGUCGUACAUUACAAAGUCGUCCCUAAUAUCUCCGGGCAUUCGUGCAAUGGUUUUUUGCCAUCGCAAAUUACUGAUUCCACCACCGUCCAUUGUACUGAAAACGAAUAUGAAUAUGAAAAACGCACGCAUCGAAAAUGUGGAAACAGCCACUCAUCUUCUAUUUGCCCGUUUCAAAAAUAAAUCUACAUUCGUUAAUUUCGACGUUGUUUCCAACCAUUUACAACGAACUUCCAGACCAACGAGUUGGAAAAAGUUCUAGGUUUUUUCCGUCCUGCGUUGUUGGAAAAAAGAAAAACGUCAUAAAAAUCUAGGCUAGUCUCAACACAGCGACAGUCGUCAGCAUCAAAGCAAGCCAGACUUGACAAUGACAGCGAUGGAGUUGGUGACCCAGUCUCGCACAUCUUGCGAAGAAGAGGCUGCGGAUUGGGCGGCGCGUGGUUGGAAGCAUGUGGACGGAUACAACGCUGAGGACCCCUCCACCUGGCACUUGGCCGGCUGGAAGACCUACGAGCGCAAAGAGGAGGACGAUGAAACGGAGCAUGGUAAGGUAAAAUCUGCCGAACAAGAACCGGAACCGGAUUCCCUGUGCUGCACUUUCGCUUCCGCCACCACGGAUGUCGAGGCCGCCCUGGCGUCCACGUUGUUGGCCUUAGAGCAGGAGAAAGAGGAGAAAAAGAAGUACGACAGCAACUUCGACUGCUUUUACGGCUCUUACAACGACUUCUACGCGCCCCAGGAUUACGACGACCUCUACCAGUACUCGUGGAAUAACAACAAGUACGGCUAUGACUUUUGGAACUGGGACGAAGAGCACCACAACAAGGACAACCAGUACAACUGGUGGAAUGAGGACGACGAGAGCAGCGCCAACGCUUCCGCGGCCAGUGAAGAGCACUACGAUCCGGAAAAUCCGAACACCUGGCACCUGAACGGCUGGCGGUGGACCAUGCAGAAGGACGCCGAGUGCGACGCGCAUCAAGAACAAGCACCGGUCGAGCAAGAUGACGAGGACCAGCUCGACGCGGAAGAUGACAGUGAUGACUGGUCCGGCUUCAUGUCCGCAAACAAGUUCUUCUGGGAACAGGACGACGACGAAAACGAGCAGCAGGAGAACACAAAGUGGGGCGGACACAGCUACAAGUACAACGUCGAAUCCUCGACCCAGACCGACAACGUCGAGCAGUGCAUCGACAUCACUGACGAUGAAAAUAAAUCCUCGGACGACCAAGAAUAUCCAGUGCAAAAAUAUCGCGCUCACCCUUGUUGUGCUUAUUGGUUUGGAAUUCAAUACUAAUACAGAUAGAAAUAGUGCAUGAGUAUGAGAAAUCCAUCUUCAUCUUCUUUUCCAGUUGAAAGCUUUGAUGAUCUGGUAACCAAAGCCGCUUUGGUUACCAGAUCAUCGCGCUUUGGCAAAGCGCGCGCAAGCGCUCCUCGAUUUAAAGCUAACUUGUCAUGAAAAUUCUUUGUUCGUGUUCAGUUCCUUUCCAGCUCUGCUCUAGUAGUGCGGUACUUUUGCCAUGCAUUAGCAAAACGUCAUGACGAUCGAGCAACUCGCAGACUGGCUGUCCGCCGGCUGGAAAUUCCACAGUGAAGACCGCAGCUGUGACGAGAGUGAAUCGUUUGACGGAAAAAAUGCUGACAGCACAACCCGCGUGGCGACGUCUCAGGAACUGGCCGACUGGCUUGCUGCUGGCUGGAAGUUUUACAAAAACGAGGAAGACUACGAGCCCGCGGAGGCCUCGGACGUCGCGGAGUGGCUCAGCAAUGGCUGGAAGUUCUACAGCAAGAAGAUGAAGGAAGACGAUGAGCAGCAGCCGGAGGAGGAGAAGGAUGCCGCGUGGACGACCGACGAAGAUGAGUACCACUACAAGAACGAGCAGCGCGAGGACGACUACUACCACAGCUCCUGGUCCUGGUCGGCUGAACCGGACAGCGCGCACUUCGACUGGUGGAACAGCAGCGCCAGCAGCGACUACAAGAAAUCUCACACGUACUUUUGCGAUGCGGAAAGCCAGACCUUCCACGAGCCCACCGAGGAGGAGAUUGCGGAUUGGGAGCAAACCGGCGCGCAAUGGUACAAGGACGUUGCGGAAGCCACCUACGGCGAGCCCCCGAAAUCCGACACCGAGCGCGCGGAUUGGGAGUGCGUGGGGUGGAAAUUCUAUGACGAAUGGGAAGCCGCUGGCUGGAAAUUUUUCGAAGACAAAAAUGCUGAUGAAGGUACUACUCGUAUUCUUUUUUUUCCGAUGAAUUUAAUUGAUAUUGAAAUAACUCUUUUAGAUAAUAGAUACACAGCCUUUGGCCAUACCCAUAUGUCGAGGGGAAAAAUGCGAAACGAAAAGAAAAUGAAAAACAAGAAGCCUUUCCGUUACAACAGACGACGACUUUAUCUUCUGCGAGGAAGCCCCGGAAGACGACGAAGCUGAGGAAUUCGAGCUGCUCGAUGACGACGAGCUGGCCUACUGCUCCGCCGCCUAG